UUCUGCCCAAAUAUUUGACAGUACUUUUUUUUUUAUCAGGCUAUGCUGAAAAUAUUGAGAGAUCGGCAUGGACGAAGCUAUCUUCAAGGAACCUAACUUCAUCCAGGAGUCUGGAAAAUCUCACCUCAGAAACAACUCUGGCUCUUUCCAGUUUCAGUACCAUGAAAAGCAGUGUUUCUUCGCUCAGUCUUCAGCCGCAAAAGAUGAGCAGCAGCAGAAGCAGCAUCUACCCUUUAGACACUGAAGUCCAAGGAAGCAUUCAGUUUGCUGUAAACUACAUCCAGAAGCUUGAAGAGUUUCAGGUCUUUGUGGUCAACUGCAGAGGGUUGGCCAUUGCUGAAACCAAGAAGAAUCUUUCUGACCCCUAUGUGAAAUGCUACCUUGCUCCUGAUAAAACACGACUGGGCAAGAAAAAAACUACUGUCAAAAAAAGGACACUAAACCCAACAUACAAUGAAGUUCUCAAGUUUAAAAUCCCAUUAGAGGAGCUGAAAAAGCAGACUUUGAUCGUCUCAGUGUGGCACAAUGACCUCUUUGGGCGGAACAGCUUCCUUGGUGAUGUGGACUUGAAUUUGUCUGAAUGGGACUUUAAAAACGCAGAGAUAAAUGAAUAUAAAUUAAAAGCCAAGGUCUCCACGGAAGUAAUCAGAGGGCCCCAUUUUGGUCUGCAACAAAAUGGUGGAAAGAUGAGAGUAGCCUUGAGAUUCAUACCAAAGAAAAUUAAAAGUAAGGGGAUUUCAACCACAGAGGCUGGGGAACUUCUGAUUUGGGUGAAAGACUGCAAGGAUCUUCCUCAAGUCAGACGAGUCAUAAUCAACCCCUUCGUGAAGUGCACUGUACUUCCUGACACAAGUCGAAAAAGCCAGCAGAAGACCCGGGUCGUAAAGAGAACAGCCAACCCUCUGUUCAACCACACCAUGGUGUACGAUGGCUUCCAAUCAGAGGACCUUCGACAGGCCUGUGUGGAAAUCACAGUGUGGGAUCGCGAUCGGCUUCACAACCACUUCAUAGGUGGUGUGAGACUUGGACCUGGGACAGGAAAGAGUUAUGGUGUUGAUGUUGCAUGGAUGGAUUCAACAACGACCGAAGUCAAUCUGUGGAACAAGAUGCUACAUUCAAAUGGAGAAUGGGUGGAAGAUGUUUUGCCCCUGAGAAUGUUGGUGAUGGCAAAGGGCCUGUAAGCCUGAUUUAGUACAAUGUAGGGGUGCAAAAGCUAAUGAUGUAAUGUGUGCUAUAUAAAAAAAACUAUAAUGGAUUAACUCAGGACAGAACAAAAUCAAUCCCAUAAAAAAGAGUCUCAAUGAAAUAUCAGAGCUGAAUGUCAGCUUGAUUGAAUGACAUAUUAAGCAUAGAUUCCUUUAAGCAAAGUUAACCACCGUUUGAAAUGCUCCAGGAUAUGUUUCUAUUCAUCAGGGACAUUUGUACAUUUUCAGAUAUCUCAUGUCAGAUUUUCAAUAUAAAAGAUUCCUACAAUCUCACUUAGCAAGUUCUGGAACUUAGGUGAGUUGCAUGACUACCAAUAAAACCCAUCGGAUUUCUUACACUUUUUUCAUAAAUGGGAAAUUUAUUACCGGGUAGUAGCUCUUAUAUUGAUUUGACCUUUAGGCAGUGUUAUCUAUGUCUGACCUUAAAUUAAAAUAUUUGUAU